UGUCUUUUAAAUUAAAUUAAUAUUUUUUAAGGAACAUUUUAGAAGUUGCUGAAGCAGUUACAGCUUCUUAAGUAGUUACAAUGUUGACACUCAAGGACGUUAAUGUCUAACCUCACGUUUCAAAUUCCAAAUAACCGAUAUGUUCAAUGAUUCGACGUGCCAAUAACCAAUAAUUAAAGUGAUCUAAUGUUGUGCAAGAGCUUCACCAGAACAGUUUCUUUGUUUUCAGUUAAAAAAACCGUGUCCGAGAAGAUGACAACGAACAUUCAGCAAGAAUACGAGGCGGCCGUAAGUAAGUUGAAUUCGUUACAAAGUAACGCCCAUUACAUUCAGGAGUAUGGCAAAAAGUCCAAAGAGACACAGCACAGGCAUCAUUCUGCUUUAGAAACCAGGAAGUUUUUAGAAAGAUCUGGUAUGUCAUUAGAUAAGUUAGAUAACUUAUCUGUAAUUCAUGUGGCGGGGACCAAAGGAAAGGGCACCACUUGUGCAUUUUCCGAAAGCAUUUUGCGACAUCAUGGCUACAAAACUGGCUUCUUUUCCUCACCUCAUUUACUGGAAGUGAGGGAGAGGAUUCGAAUUAAUGGCAGGCCAAUAGAGAAACAAGACUUCGUCAAGUUCUUUUGGAAAAUCUACAACACACUUAAUGACAAUAAAAGCCAUGAAAAUGACAUGCCACUUUAUUUUGGUUUCAUGACAGUCAUGGCAUUUCACGUGUUUGUGGAAAAGAAAGUAGAUGUAGCAAUCAUAGAAGUUGGAAUUGGAGGUGCAUAUGAUUGUACUAAUGCCCUAAGAAAAACAGACGUUGCAGGCAUUACAUCUUUGGGUAUUGACCACACCACCUUAUUGGGGGACACCAUAGAGUCAAUAGCUUGGAAUAAAGCAGGUAUUAUGAAAAGUGGGUGUAAAACUUUUACAGUACCACAAGUAGACAGUGCCAUGAAGGUAUUAAAGGAAGAAAGUGCCAAAAAACAGAGUCAACUUGAAGUAGUCAACGUGAAUUACAGCCUCAAUGAAAGCCUCUACCCUUCAGAUAUUAUUAACUUAAAUGCUAAUUUGGCUUUGGCUCUCUGUAAAUCUUGGAUUGAAAAUUCGGGUAAUAACAACGGUAAGCGAUUUUCUUUGGAAUUGGCCAUAAUAGGUGUUGAAACGUGCACUUGGCCAGGCCGUUUCGAAAUGCGAAAGAGGAAUAAAAUUUGUUAUUUUUUGGAUGGAGCUCACACAAUGGAAAGUAUUAAUGUGUGCAACAAAUGGUUUAGUGAGAAAACCAAAAACUCGAAAAAAAAGAAAGCUUUAAUGUUUAAUCUCACAGGGGAAAGAGACUCAGAGACAAUUCUCAAGGAGUUGCACAAGCAACAGUUCGAUUUGGUGGCUUUUGUUCCAAAUCAAUCAAUAAGUGACAGCAAAUCAGAUAAUAUAUCUUACCUUCAUACCACAGAUAAACAACUUAAGAGAUGCGAAGAACACAUGAUGGUGUGGUUGAAGCUGAACGAAAACGAACUGAACACUUCCACAGUGAAAGUUUUUACUUCAGUAUUGAACUCCAUUGAAUAUUUAGAAGGAACGAAGCAGGAAUACGAUUUGUUGGUGACUGGGUCUUUACAUCUCAUUGGAGCUGUCUUGGGUGUUCUUGAUCCUAAUUUGAGGGGAACAUUAAGUUAAUUGUCCACUAUUGAAUAAGUACAGAUUUAUGUACUUAAUUAAAGGCAAUAGUGACUGUAAUUGAUGUUGAAUCAUGACAAAUUAUCAAACAUUUCAUUAGUUGUUAGUAUUGAAAAGAAUUUUAAGUUUUAAAACUUUUUGGGAACAUACUUAACAGUAUACAUUCGUUAAUAAAUACGUUUUUU